GUAUCAGGGUAUAGAAUUGCACACUCCACAGAAGCCGUAGAGUCGUUCUUUCACUUAUAUGUUACUUUAAUUUACUUAUAUAUAAUAAAGGGAAUGGAAACAAACCCCAAAGUAUUUCUUACGUUCCAUUGUUUCCGACAAGACAUGAAUGCAGCAUUGCUCGGAAUACGGCUGGCCGUCGGUGGGCGUGGUUAAUGUUCAGUCACUGGAUUGUGUUGCUAGGUUGAUGCUAAGUGUGAGUUAAUGCAACGGGUUUCAGCUGCACAUUUUCCUCUUGAAAACAAAAAGGCAUGCACGUGGUAGUGGUAGUUUUGAGUCGACGACGAUAUGCACGUUCACUAAACAAACAGGGCACUUCCGCUUGAAUUGAACGAGCACAGCAUUGGCGGGGCUCCAGUGAUCAGGGCUGUGCAGUCCCGAACAACCUGUCAGCAUGGGGCUGCAGAGGAGCACGACAUGAGGCAGAAAAGCGUUAACUAUGAACUUGUAGGACAAAAAUGGUGAAUGUGUUCCCUUUCUCACCACCGUCCUGAUGCAAACAGGAAGAUAUGGGCGUCCUGAGAGGGCUAGUCAGAAUCAUGGGUAGGAUCAGUACGUUCCGAUCCUAUCAAUUUGUGCUUCUCCUGGCUGCAGCACUUGCUGUUGUAGCUUUCUACUACUUUGGCUCAGAGAGGCAAAACUUCUCCAGCACCACCAAGAGGAUCAAGCAGAGUCAGGCCGGCCACAACGCCAACAGGAACGAUGCAGACCUGACGCUGGACACCAGAGUCUCACAGACCGCCGACACCGAGGAGCAGGGGGGGGGGGAGCGAGACGCAGGUGGAGAAAGCCAUAGUCCUGGCUCCAGGACAGGGGACCGUGGGACUGCUGACCAGCGCUACCAUGCACUCAUGAUGUUCACGAAGGUGGACAGGAGCCGAAGCCUGCAGGAUAAGUUCAAGGUGGCCAUGUUGUCUAUGGUGAGGCACGCACACUUUUUGGAAGGAGAGGUGUUGGUCCUUCAUUUCGUGAGUGACCAGGCCAGCAAAGAACUCGGGGAAAGGAUGCUGCGGGACUUUCUAAUUGAUGCAACCUUCAAGUAUGAGGUGUUGUUUCACGACGUGGCGGCUCUCACACAGAAGCUGUUUCCUAUAGUGGAGGCCAUGCAGAAGCACUUCAGCGCCGGCUCUGGGGCCUACUACAGCGACGCCAUCUUCUUCCUGUCUGUAGCGAUGCAUCACAUCAUGCCUGAAGGUCUUACGCGUAUAGUGCAGCUUGACCUGGACCUGAAGUACAGGACCAACAUCAGGGACCUUUUCCAAGAAUUUGACCGGUUUCCACCAGGAGCAGUGAUUGGCAUCACCAGAGAGAUGCAGCCAGUCUACAGACACACCUUCUGGCAGUAUCGUAAGGAAAACCCUAAGACCAGAGUGGGUGAGCCCUCUCCCGACGGCCUCCCGGGGUUCAACAGUGGCGUGAUGUUACUGGACCUGGCAGCAAUGAGGGCCUCCGUGCUCUACAACCAGCUGUUGGAACCCAGCAACGUGGCCAAACUGGCCGACCAGUACCGCUUCAGGGGCCACCUGGGUGACCAGGACUUCUUUACCAUGAUUGGCAUGGAGCACCCUGACCUCUUUCAUUCCUUGGCCUGUGGCUGGAACAGGCAGCUGUGCACCUGGUGGAGGGACCACGGGUACGGAGACGUGUUCCAGCUCUAUUAUCGCUGCGACGGACCCGUCUACAUCUACCAUGGGAACUGUAACUCCCCAAUACCAGACGACUAGGCUGAACCCAACAACACUUUCUAGAGUUUAUCACUGUUUCCCCUUUGACCACUGUAUAUGCAGUCACAACUGUGAACAAGGGACUCCAAUAACUUAAGGUUGAGGUGAUGGUAAUUUAAAUAUUCAUAAGAUGCCCAAUCAUGGUUAUAUUUUGAUAAAUGUAUUGGUCUUGAAAAUAAUCUAUAGUCAUACAAACAACAUUGCAGUAGAAAUCAUCUUGUAGAAAUAGUAAUUCCAAUGCAAUCAAUCAAGCAAAGCAUUAAUUGAUAAUAAAAUUAAAAGAAAUCACUGCAAUAAAGAGUCCAGCAAACUAA